GUCUCUUCUAAACAGGUGGAGUCGCUUUAUCCUCACCCUGGCUGGGUUGAGUUAGAUCCUGAAGUGCUGUGGAGUCAGUUUGUUGGUGUAAUAAAAGAUGCUGUAGAAGCUGCGGGCCUUCACAUGAGGCAAAUUGCUGGUCUUGGGAUCUCAACGCAGAGAGCAACCUUCAUUACGUGGCACAAGAGGACAGGGAAACCUUUUCAUAAUUUCAUAAGUUGGCAAGACUUAAGAAGUGCUGAACUGGUGAAUUCCUGGAAUGAAUCCCUUCUGCUGAAGGUAAUCCACGUUAUUUUUACAGUGCUUCAUUUCUUGACUGGGAAUGAUCGAUACUUGGCACCAAGUUUUCUUACCUUUUCAACACAACAAACUUCUAUGAAGUUGUCAUGGGUUUUUAAAAACAUACAAGAGGCUGAAGAAGCUGCCAAAAAAAAUAACUGCUGCUUUGGAACAGUUGACACGUGGUUACUGUAUAGGUUGACUAAAGGUUCUGUGUACGCUACAGAUUACUCAAAUGCCAGUGCUACAGGUGUUUUUGAACCCUUUACGAAAUGUUGGAACCCCACUUUGUGUAAUUUACUUUCCAUUCCAAUGUCUAUUUAUCCUCCAGUCAAAGACACAAGUUUCAACUUUGGAUCAGCUGACUCUGAAAUAUUUGGGGUACCUAUUCCAAUAACGGCUGUGGUAGCUGAUCAGCAGUCUGCCAUGUUUGGAGAAUGCUGCUUUCACCCAGGAGAUGUUAAACUGACAAUGGGAACGGGUGGUUUCUGGGAUGUGAAUACUGGAGGGCGUCUCUUUGCAUCACGGAGAGGUCUGUAUCCACUGAUUGGUUGGAAGAUUGGGGAAGAAGUUGUUUACUUAACUGAAGGCUGUAUGUCAGACAUUGGCAGUGCUGUAAAAUGGGCUCAGGAUAUAA